AUGAAUGAAUAAAAAUUACGUGAGAUGAUGAAAAUCUAUACUGUUUCAAAAUAAGUAAACAAAAAGGCUGAAAAGAAUUUUAUCAAAUUUUCUAGUUAAUAUUAUAAAUUGCAUAAGAAUGACAUGACUCCAGAUUUAUUGAAUGAAGUCAAUUCUCUUAGAACACAAAUCAAAUCUGAUAGAGUUGCAUUUUCCAAUUAAAACUCUCCUCAAGUAAGUCCUCGUCUUACAACCAAUCCUUUAUUUAAUUGUAAAAAAAAUGGGAUUUAAAUUUAUUAUAGUCAAAGAAGAGAAGCCAAAAUUAAAUUCCAUUUAUUCAGAUGAUAAACAUUAAGAUAUUUAUAAACUCUACAUUGAAGAAAUAAGCGAUCUCAAAUCAUGUUACUAUAUUCAUUUAUUUCUAGAACUGAAUUAAGCCAAUUCUAUAAUAAAAUAAUAAAAAAUUGAUUAUGAUAGAAAGAUAUUAGGUAAAGUUUUUUUAUAAAAUAAGAAUUAAAUUUAAAACUAGAAUCAGAAAGAGCUAGAAUCAAAGAUCUCAAUUAAUAAGUAAUAUUAAAAAAAGUAUAAUAAAUUAGAUCUAAGAGAUGAAAUCUAAUUAAUUAACAAAAUCAAUUGUACCUAUGCUCAAUUAUAGUUUUGAUUAAAAAAAAUAGAAAUAGAAUUCUGAUUUAAAUAAAGAAUAAAGUAGAGAAUUAUUUAAGACUGAAAUUUGUAAGGCCUUAGAAAAGUACAACAACAAUAAGUAAGAUUAGAGUAAGGAAUAUAAAUGA